AUGUCCAGAGACAAGCUUUCUUCCCAUGACGGGCAACGGCUGUGUUUGCGCAGCGCAUCUCGGACGGCAGGCGCGCAAGCCCGAGCGAAGCCAUCGUCGCCUCGCGGCAGGGACAUCGUCACAAGGAGCAUAUUGCCAUGUCCAGCCGCGCGCCACCCGCCUAAGCUGGCAAUACGAACGACGCUGAAGCCGAAGUGUUCCCAGGCAAGCAACGCCUCGUUGCUUUGCCACAUGGGAGACCUCACCAAGUGCCUUGCAAGUUCCAACAAGUUCCAAUACGCACGAGUCGUCCGUUGCCCCUGCACUGGUGGCCAUGCAGCCAUGUCGGAUCGUGAUACGACCUGGCUUCCCUCCCCAAAGUCAAAGCUGUUUCGCCACCCCGAUUCGCUCCCUGCCCUGGGCGGUGCAUCUUGCAAUGGCACCGCCUACGCAAUCGACCUCCCUGCCACACCUGCACACCUGCACCUCUGCCAUUCGAGAGGCUGGAAAAACACUGGGACGGAGCCAAAGCAUUGA